AUGCGAUCGGUACUUUUUGUAUCCCAAGAGUUGACAGCGGAGUGCGGGCCGGCCGCGGGCUGGACGGAGACGUCACGGGCUCCAGCGAGACCCGGCCGCACUACACACUAUGAAAUACUAUUGAUUGGUUCACAUUCCCUUACCUUUAAAGACGACAGCUUUCACUCCACGGUACAUAUGUCACAGUGGCCACAGUCGUUAACAUUAAUAGUACUCAAUAUUCGUAUCAGGAACUCGGUAAAUAGCAACGACGAGGCGGAACGAGCGACGAAAAAAACUCUAAAGAAACUAGGAAUAGAAAUUAACGAGACUUGGAAGACGAGCGGCGGUGACGGACAGACGGAGCGUUAG